CAAAACCCAUUACACAAGCUAAACCCACCACCCUUAUCGUCUUCUUUGUUUAUAUUUGUUGAGAAAUUGUUUCUUGUUUUUGAAGAUCAGAAUCUAAUUCCGUGAGAAAUCUUUAAAUUACAGUCUUGUUUUGUGAAGGAAAUGGUGGGUAUUUUCUCAAGAUUUUCUGUUGGUAGAGUUGGCCAUAGAAGAACCCAAAGUGCUCUUGAUGAGAGGGAAGUGAUGCCUCCGAAUGCAGAGAUGGCGACUGCUGCCCCUCAUGGAAUUGAAGUUGCAGUUGAGUUCAAAGCAGUUGAGCACCCGAUCGAGCCGCUUGAUACAGAUCAGCCCAUCCAAUGCCCCCUUCCUGAACCUUCAAUUCUUAAUGAUGGAAGAAUAUGGAAAGAGCGAGUGUCCGCAACUGUGCGGAGGAGAAGCGACUUGCCAGUCAUGAAAGAAGAUGAGGCUCUCGAUCCCGACGAGUCUCCAAAGCCAAAGCCGAGGCCGACUCAAUCCAAUAGGUUAAUUCUACCAUCCAUCAGUGCCCCUGAACAUAAUUUGCUAAAACUACUUGAAGAAUGUAAUGCAUCUGGCAUUUAAAAAUUGUCUCAUCUGUAUCAAGCUUUACAUAAUUUCCACAUCAUUUCAUAUAUAAGUUCCACUUAUUGUGUAUCCAGAUGAUUUAUAUUAAAAUUAUCAUAUUUCUUUUUCUUUUCA